AUGGAGACCUACACCUUGCCUUCCUUCCCUUCGGAAUAUUCGACAAUCCACCUAUGUUACUUCCAAAACGUCAGAAAUUCACCCGAGAUCAAAAAACGACUGGUAGUAGCAGCAACGACGAAAGGUGAGGAAGGUGAGAAGUUGAGGAGUGAAGUAGAUUUCGGCUUCUUGGAAGGUGACGUGUUGGUAUCAAAAGAUCAUCUUUUAACUUCUAUACUUACAACCCUCUUAUACUCUUUCCCUUCGACCUCAAACUCCAACAGCGAGAUACCGUCCAUAGAACCUCUAUCGAUCUCAUCAACCGCUACCAAGCCAAAGACACGUACUCACAAUUUACAUUCUGAAAUACUGUUAACCCUAUCUCCAAAUAACAAUAUAACCGAUUCGAUACGUCGUCAUGGGAUAUCCGAUACCACCUCGAACCUCGUCGUAGUGAAAUUUACGAAUUCUAGUCAAAGCCAGGAGAGUGUACAUGAGGGGAUAAAGAGAGUUGUUGACGGGGAGUUGAUAGGAUUGGACGGAAUUGAAAGAAACACAGAUUGGACGAGGGUCGAUAAGAUAUAUAAAUUAUCAGAAUUGAAUGCUCUCAAGUCAUCGCACACUCCAGAAGACAUACUCAACAAGAAGAAAUCGGCUGUGAUCAGUGCAGUAGGAAUCAAAAAUGUCAUUUAG